UUUCCCUAGAAUACAAAAAAAGGAAAAAAAAAAAAAGUUUCCAACUGCUUCCUUCCAUUUCUCCCGGCGACUGAGGCGACGGCGGCGAGCGAACUCCCGACAACUGAGGCGGUGGCGGCGUCAAACUUAAUCCGGCGACAAUCGUGGAAGCUCACCGACUGAGACCAGUCAACGCCACCAAAUGUUCAGAAUUUGUCUCAACUGCUCAAUAUAGUUGGUAAAUACAGUUUGCAGACAACCCUUUGCGAGGAAGGAUCAUAGCAUGCUAUUAAAACCUCGAAAACCCUCAAUUUCGAUCGCUCAACUUGCCCAGAUCCACGCCCAACUCGUCACAAAUCCGAACCCUCUCAACUUCAACCCUUUCCUCGGCGCUUUUGUAGCUUCCAUCGCUCCUGAAAAUGGCCUCUUCCUCUACAACCAAAUGCUUCGCCACCCAUCUUCAUCUUCCCACAACCACUACACCUUCACCUACGCCCUCAAAGCCUGUUCCUCGCUCCAUCAAACCCACAAGGGCCUCGAAAUCCACGGCCAUCUAGUUAAAUCUGGCCACCUUUCCGACAUCUUCAUCCAAAAUUCACUGCUCCAUUUCUACAUUGUCGAUGGCGAUGUUCCUUCUGCUUCUCGAAUCUUCGCGUCCAUGCCUGACCCAGAUGUGGUUUCCUGGACAUCCAUCAUUUCGGGGCUCUCCAAGCUGGGUUUUGAGGAGGAAGCUCUAGUUAAGUUCUUGUCUAUGAAUGUGAGGCCUAAUUCUGCUACUCUUGUCACUGCUUUAUCUGCUUGUUCUAGUCUUGGAUAUCUCAAGCUUGGGAAAGCUAUACAUGGGCUGAGAUUGCGGAGUGUGGAUGAGGAAAGCGUUAGUUUGGACAAUGCCCUUCUGGACUUCUACGUCAAAUGUGGGUCCUUGAGGAGUGCAGAGAACCUGUUUGUUAAAAUGCCUAAUAGAGACGUAGUGUCAUGGACUACAAUAAUUGGGGGUUAUGCUCAGAGUGGAUUGUGUGAAGAGGCUGUGAGGAUCUUCCAAAACAUGGUCCAAGAGGGAGAGGCUGAGCCCAAUGAGGCCACUCUCAUUAAUGUAUUAUCUGCUUGUUCUUCCAUGUCUGCUCUGAAUUUGGGUCAAUGGAUUCAUUCCUAUAUCAUCUCUAGGCCUGAUGUGAUACUUAAUGGAAAUAUCGGAAAUGCUUUAAUAAACAUGUAUGUCAAAUGUGGUAGCAUGGAAAUGGCAGUUAGGAUCUUCAAAACUGUUGAACACAGGGAUAUCAUAUCAUGCAGCACAGUCAUAACUGGGUUAGCCAUGAAUGGCCUAGGCAAGCAAGCUUUUGUUCUGUUCUCACUCAUGCUAGUUCAUGGCGUUUCUCCAGACGACAUAACAUUUCUUGGCCUGUUAUCUGGAUGCAGCCAUGGUGGGCUGAUCAAUCAAGGCUUGAUGGUGUUUAAAGCCAUGAAAGAUGUUUAUAAUGUUGCACCUCAGAUGAGGCAUUAUGGCUGCAUGGUGGACAUGUAUGGAAGGGCUGGACUUUUAGAUGAAGCAGAGGCAUUCAUGAAGGAGAUGCCUGUGGAAGCAGAAGGCCCAGUAUGGGGAGCUCUGCUGAAUGCUUGCCAGAUUCAUGGGAAUGAGAAGAAGUAUGAGAAGGUUAGGGAAUGGCUGGUUAGAACUAGAAGCAAGGGGGUGACAGUGGGAACUUUGGCUUUGUUGUCAAAUACUUAUGCAAGUUGUGACAGAUGGAAGGAUGCUAAUGAAGUGAGAGACACCAUGAGAAGUAGAGGGUUGAAGAAAAUGGCGGGAUGUAGUUGGAUCGAAUUGGUUGACCAUUGAAUCCUCUGGGUUAGAUAGAGAGUAAUAUGGGCACUAUGAUGUUAAUGCUUGCUUGGCUCCUGUGUAUUCUGUAGAAGAGAUGUAUGCAAUAACAGUUGAGGGUCUGAGUGGUCAUAAACGUGGAUUGCUUCCAAUUCAUGUAAUAUAUGCCACUUUUCAGAUUCUUUAUUAUCAGGAGGCAUUGGCAAGUUGACAUGGUUCACAGUGUGGAUUUUGUACUCCUGGCCUUAUCAUGUCCAUAUAUGCAUUAUUAAGGUCAAGUAAAAGUCCACCUAGUGAAGACUGGAGAGCAAAUUGAAAAAUGCUUUGUAGGAAAUCUGUGUCGAUAGCUUCAAGAGCAAAGUUCAGAAUUAUUAAUUGCAAGGGAAAGAUUAAAACAACAUUGGCUGAAUUUUUUUUCCUGGGUUACCGUAAAGUGGAUUUGGCAAAUGAUAAAUUAUUACUCUCUAUAUUCUUGCCGUGGAGUAGGAUUUUUGAGUAUGUGAAAGAGUUUAAACAGGCUCACAGGCGAGACGAUGACAUGUAAAUGCUGGUAUAUGUGUCUUUCUCAAGGAAGAAGAUAAAAAUUGGUUUGUUUCGGAUGCAUCCAUUGUUUAUGGUGGGGUUGCUCCAUUAUUACUUUCAACAAAAAAGACUAAAAAUAUCUAAUUGGGAAAAUUUGGGAUCGAGUGCUACUCAAGGAUGCAUUAAAAGUCUUAGAAGAAGAUAUUUCGCUGCAGGAAAAUGCUCCAGGAGGUACGGUGGAGUUCCGCAAACCUUUGACUCUAAGAUUCUUCUUUAAAUUUUAUCUUUGGGUUUCUCUUGAGAUGGAGAGGCAUAACCUUGGAGAGAGUAUCAUUGUCACUUCUCUCUGCCGUAAAAUCAUUUCAAUGGCCACAUGUCAUUGGAAGUUAGGACUAUUUAAUCAAAAGACAUGGGACAGUUGUCGGCUCUUCUGAAGUUCAUCUUUCUGUAAGACUUCAGAAUAACAUGUUUCAAUUAUCUCCUCAUGGUCUGGAUGCUGCUUUGAUUCUGAGCUAGAAACCUCAUGCGUGCAUAUGUUCCAUAGAUGAUUUGGAACUUGGAAGCUAGGAAAUCUGCUGGUUUUGCUGGCAUCUUCCUGGCCAAGGACAUCCCAGGUGAUAAUAAGUUUGGGCCAGUUAUUCCUGAUGAGGAACUUUUUGCUUCAGAAUUUGUCACUUGCAUGGCUCAGAGAUUUUUGCAUUUGGCAGUACAAGUCGAAGCCCGGAAUGGACCCCUGUCGGCCUUGAGCCUUUCUCAAUUGAUGAUCAUGGUGUUUAUUUCAAUGGAGGCCUCUAUUGGGUUAGAGGAAAUAUGAUGCAAAUAUCAUUAUACGUUUGGAUAUAGAAGAUGAGAAAUUAGAGGAAAUUUCUUGUCCCCAACUUAGGAUGCUGAUCACUUUGCCAUUGAAGUCUUUAAUGGCACCUUCUGUCUAACUUGUUGUAUGGAAUUGGAGUUCGAGUACCAUGUGUGGAAGAUGUAAGAUUCUUCGUGGGCUAAAGCAUUUGUUGUUGCUAUACCAGAAAAAUACAUGUACUCCUCUUGAUGGCUUCCAACUCAUCAAACUCUGUGAAGAUGGGAAGAUCUUGUGUCUUGUUGCUGGAUUUCAUUUAAUCUUGUAUGACUCAGCCACUCAGAGGAAGAUGUUGAAAUUAAGGAACAUUUAGUGAAUGUUCAUCAAAUUGACUCCUUCAAUUUUGGUUCUCUCCGCAAAAUUUUAGUGGGCGAACCAAAGGUAUGAUUGAAGUGAAGGAUGAUUUUUGUUUCAUUUGAUUCCUAAGUUUAUUUAAUUUCUCAAGUGUAACCUAUCAAAGAAGUAUUAUAUUCGAGUAUGAAUUUUUAUGCAUGGGUAAAGAAUAUUGG